AUGGACAGGCUGCUCGAAGUGGCUCGUAAAACGCCCUUCACCGUGCGAAUCUCCGAGACUAAGGUGUCUAAUCCGGGAAAGCUCAAGAUACAGAUGUAUAACGGUAUGACCGAUCCAAAGGCGCAUCUCCAGGCGUUCCAUAUCACUAUGGGAAGAGCCAGGCUUAGAGAAAGCGAGAAAGACGCUGGUUACUGUCGCCUGUUCGUCGAAAAUCUCGAAGGUGCGGUGCUCGAAUGGUUCUCCCGGUUGAAGCGAAACUCCAUCGGAAGCUUUCGCCAAGUCGCAUCGGAAUUCCUCCUCAAGUACUCUAUGUUCAUCGAUAGAGAAUCUUCCGAUGUCGAUCUCUGGAGCUUAACCCAGGAAGAGGGCGAGUCCCUCCGAGAGUUCAUAAGCUGUUUCAAACUGAUCAUGGCGAAGGUCAGCGGAAUCAGCGACAAAGUCGCCAUCGACGCGCUCAGGAAGGUGCUCUGGUACAAGUCGAAGUUCAGAAAGUGGAUAACGCUCGAGAAACCUCGCACAAUGCAGGACGCCCUCCACAAAGCCUCGGAUUACGUUAUGAUCGAAGAAGAGACGAAAUACGUCCAUCACGAGGGGGAAGAACUCCAAGGCGCGCACAACUACGCGAUCAAUCCGGAGCAGGGCAGGACUUCGGGAAAUACGUGGAAUCGUAACCAGAUUUACGACAAAAACGUAUACUGCGAGUUCCAUCAAACCAAAGGUCACUCCACGGCUAACUGCAAAGUCGUAGGGGCCAGGCUGGCCGCAAAGCUGCUUGCUGGCGAACUCUCUGGAGUAACCAGCGUCAAGGAUCUAAUCCUCGACUCCGACCGUCCGCUAAAAACCAGUAAGAAUCCUCCCGCGGAAAACUCGUCGCCGAGAAAUCAGGCCGGGGAAAAACGCGAGAGAAGAUUGGACGAUAGGGGGAAUGAUAACUCCCGCAGGAGGGUCAACAUGAUCAUGGGAGGAUCCCAAUACUGCAAGGACUCGGUCUCGGCCAUCAAGGCCUACCAACGGAAAGCCGAGUCGACUACGAAGUAUCCCCCACGGUCGCCUCCUCGAGACGGACAGAACACCUCGAUCACAUUCACUGAGGAAGAGGUCUGCGGAAUCGAUCAGCCUCACUGCGACCCCUUGGUCGUCGAUCUCGUGAUAAGAGAUCUCGAAGUCGCAAGGAUACUCAUCGACACCGGAAGUACGGUAAACUUAAUCUUCCGCGAUACCUUAAGAAGGAUGGGCGUCGAGCUCGGAGAAGUCACCCUGGUACCAAAACCGCUCACGGGUUUCUCCGGGACAAACGUCCAUGACCCUGGGAUCAAUUCAGCUACCCGUCAUAGCAAAAAACGUUACCAAGAUAGUUGA